AUGUCAAAGGAGUCACUUGCAGCAGCAGCAGCAGCAGGUGCUGCACUUGCAGCAGCAGCAGCAGCAGAAUCUGCUGCUGCUUCUGCAACGAAUUGGCUGCUCGCUACUGACGUGCUGUUGGGGCCCAAAGCAUCCAAACGGUUCAGCAGCUCCAGGGCAUACUGCAGCAGCAACAGCAGCAACAGCAGCAGCAGCAAUGCAUGGAGCAGCAGCAACGAAGACAACAGCUGCAGCCUCUGCAGCAGCAGCCCACAGCUGGGCUCGCAGCACAUGAGACAAAGGGCUGCAGCUAGCAGCAAAUGCAGCAAGCCCAUGCAAAAGCAGCAGCACAUGCAGCAGCAGCACCAGAGACAGCAGCAGCAGCACCAACAGCAGCAGCACCACAAUAUUCCCAGUGGGAAACCCACUCAGCAGCGGCAAGAGAUAGAAGCAGCAGCAGAAGCAACAGCAGCAGCAGCAGCAGCAGCAGCCGGAGCAGAGUUGACCCCCAGGAGCCACGCAACGCAGCGGCAGCAACAGCAACAGAAACCACAGCAGCAGCAACAACAAGACACGCCGCAGCAGCAGCUGCAGCAGCAGCAGCUGACGCUGUUGAAAUGCCUCGAGAAGCCGCUGAGCUGCUCCCUGCUGCAGCAGCUGCUGGCGCUGCGCCUCUGA